AACUGUCCGAUAUAAACAGGUAGAUCUAUGCAUUGCCGCAGGUGGGCGUAUCCAGGGCAGAAUUGUUUUCUAUAUUACGUACCAUUCAGCCAGAAUUUUGAAUUUCUGAUCAAAACCUUUACAAUGUAAUCAAGUAAGUGACAUAUUUAUCAACAGAGCAAGAGGGAAGUACAUCAUGUGAUUCAUCUAGGGCUGGACAUUCUGAGUGUGGAACGGAAAGCCUGGAUACAUCAUCGCAGUAAUCUUGUGACAUCAUGAAUCAUGAGGUAGUAAUUAUAUAAUGUUUUUACAUUACUAAAUGUUUAACAAACAUACACUACUGGAUGAGGCAGUAGAGCCAAGUUUUCGUUUCUUUUCAUCAAGUCUUAUUUGUGAGUGUUAACUGAUAACUAAUCAUUUAGCAUUUCAUCAAAAUGGCAACCCCUGAAAGUCAAAUUUCUCUCCGUAUUAAAGGUCAAACGACAUGUGUUCACCACAAGGGGAGAGAACUGGAUUUGUAUUGUGAAAAAUGUGAGGAACCCAUCUGUCCAAAAUGUCUUUCGUCUGUACACAAAGGCCAUCUCGUUUGUGAGCUAAGUGAAAUCACUCCCCAGAAAGAACCAGACAUUAAAAACUUUAUAGACAGAACAGAAAAGAAAGACCUUGUGCAAAUUGGGAAAUUCAUUUCCUCUACUGAUACACUCCUUAACGACAACACCAGUACUUUUGAGAAGCUGUCACAAAGGUUAAAAAUACAAACAGAUAAAUUAAAACAAGAGCUGGACAUGCUUACAGAACAGACACUCUCUCUUUACCACAAAAUGGAAGAGGAUAAUACCAAGCUGAUAAAUAAAUACAAACAGGACCUGGAGAUGUACGAGAAGCAACUCAAACAACAACUUCAGGAAUGUAAAGCAGCUCUCCAGCGUGAUUCACACAUACAGAUUUAUGAUACAUUUUGUGAGAUCCAUUCUCCUACACACAGUCUCCCUGUAAAACCUGUCCUGGGUACUGCCAACUUCAUUCCAAAUGGAAAUCCUCAAGAUCACUUAAAAGAAGCCUUGGGAAAAGUGAUCACCUCAGGUCAAGGUCAAACUUCAACUGACCAGGAUCGGUCAGUCUCAACAUCUGAUGAUCUGGGACAACCCUCUACACAACAACAACGGUCAGGAACAAAAGUGCAGAAAGCAGUGACAACAUACAAACUACUGCCACAGACCAAUGUAGUGGAGGAGUGGUGGUCUUCAUGUGACAUUGGUUCUAUAUGUCCCACCACUGAUGGUGAGGUGUGGACCAAGUACAUGGACACAUUGACUCUCCUGGACAGGAAGGGUAAAGUAAAACAGCAGGUCUAUAACAGUGUCAGGAUAAGUGACAUCAGUCUGUCACCAACCACACACACACUGUGGGUCUGUGAUUAUAAUAACAACAUCAUGGAGCUGGUAUCAGGACGACUGACACACAGAUUCAGUACCAAGGAGUUUCCCUUGUGUAUAUGUAUUACAGCCAGUAACCAUGUCAUUGUAGGGAUGUACAGACACAUCUCCAAAUUUACCACAGAUGGCAACAUGGUGUGUACUACUAUGGCUAAAGGGACUGGUAAACCAUUAGUGUGUUCACCACGCAGGAUCUCAGAGAGUCCUGUCACUCACAAUGUGGCAGUCGCUGAUUUCAGUCGUGAAAGUGAUGGUGGUGAUGGAAAACGACAUGUUGUUGUGAUGGACACUGAUUUCAAGGAGUUGUUUGUAUAUAGAGGUGACAUCCCCAGUACAUAUACACCAACACCACAAACAGGAGGUAAACCAUUUAACCCUUGGGGUGUGGUGUAUGACAGUGUGGGGAACCUGAUCAUAGGGGACCGUGACAACAAAAGGGUCCUACUCAUCAGUGGAGGUGGUGAGUUCCUCAGGGUCAUACACACAGACAAAGGCUAUACAUGGGCUGUAGGUGUAGACAGGGAGGAUGUCCUGUGGUCAGUGUUUGAUAUAUGGGGUAUCAGCAUAGUCAAAUUACUACAGUACAAUAGUAUGUGACACCUGUAACCAAACAACUAGUGUAUCUAGUUACCAUGACAAUGACAUGGAAAUCAGAGACAAAAGAAAACUUAUCAUUAUUACAAAUCAACUACAGAUUGGGUGACAAUCACAGGACUAUCAGUAAAACGUCUAAACUACAGAUUGUGUGACAUUCAUGGGAUUAUCAGUAAAACGUCUAGACUACAGAUUGUGUGACAUUCACAGAAUUACAAGUAAAACGUCUAGACUACAAAUUGUGUGACAUUAACAGAAUUAUAAGUAAAAUGUCUAGACUACAGAUUGUGUGACAUUCACAGGAUUAUAAGUAAAAUGUCUAGCCUACAGAUUGUGUGGCAUUCACAGGAUUACAAGUAAAAUAUCUAGACUACAGAUUGUGUGAUAUUCACAGGAUUACAAGUAAAAUAUAUAGACCACAGAUUGUGUGACAUUCACA